AUGGGGUGCAUCCAAAACCUGGGCAGCGGGCAGAUCCAGCUGUGGCAGUUCCUGCUGGAGCUGCUCUCGGACCGGGCCAACCUGAACUGCAUCGCCUGGGAAGGCACGAAUGGGGAGUUCAAGCUGAUCGACCCCGACGAGGUGGCACGGCGCUGGGGCGAGCGGAAGAGCAAACCCAACAUGAACUACGACAAGCUGAGCCGGGCGCUGCGCUACUACUACGACAAGAACAUCAUGACCAAGGUCCACGGCAAGCGCUACGCCUACAAGUUCGACUUCCACGGGCUGGCGCAGGCGUGCCAGCCGGCCGGCCCCGCUCCCCCGGGGCACGGGCUCCAGCCCUCUGCCCCGUUCAGUGCCAUGGCAGCCUCCCACCUCAACAACAUGAACAACCACUAUCACUAG